CUUGAAUCCGUUUGUUCCAAGAACCUACACGUGAAGCCAUCUCAUCAAACCCACCUGACCACGGAGAACCGCAGAGUGAGGCUUGGUUUGCGACUCAACAUAAAACGGCAUUUCGUCAUGACUGGCCAUCUCAGCAGAUAAAAAUAGCAUUGGCUCUUCUAUCACAAUUCCAUUGUCAAACUUUCAAGUUUCCAUGCCACGGCAUCAUCCCGAUGGAAAGAGGCAUAUGGAUCAAAUGCUAUCAGUCCGUUUGCUCCGGAAAGACACCGGCAAUUGGCUGUCUAUCCGGAGACAGUACCGAACAUUGAUUGGUGGCGGGCCCGGUCUUGAUUUAUGGCUUGCAUUCAACAUGGGGGGAGGUGAUGACCUGCUCGCCUCACUGGCUCAUUGCAUGUCAUGAUCAAAGUGUUUUUUCUGUGAGAAUCCUGAUGAAGAUUCGGAGUCUGACCACAAGCUUCACUUUGAAAUGGAAGGCUGAGCUUCAUGUGGGAAGGUGCUGGACAAUCAACGCACUGAGGCCCAUCGUGCCAUUAUUGGCCACGAGAGGAGAUGGGUGGCACAGGAUGUUGGUGUGAGAGAAUCAGCCAGAUUUGACAAGCAAUGAUGCAGAUGAUGAAACUGUCGAGCAAGUUGAAAAGAAGGUGGUUGUCCGCCAUAAUGCCUCCUUCCCAACAUUCGAACAGGCAAAAUUUCAGUCCCACAUGGUGUCAUACUCUCCAACGUGUCUUCCCCCUUAAUCAACCACCUGAUUAAACCCCACAAUAUUAGCUGACUCUGACCAGCAUGUCCACCGGGAAACUGGCAACUCUCUCCUCCUCCAACACCACCGCUUCAACAACUCAGCCUUCUUUGGACGACAUUGAGAAUUUGUUUACUACGUUGGCAUCCCAUCCGGUCAUCAAGCAAGUUGCCUCCAUUGGCGCCGAGAACAAAAAACUCCGGAAGGAAUACAGCGAUCUCGAACGUGACAACACCCAUACACUCAGGCAGAUUGCGAGACUCCAUGAAAGUCUAGACGCAGCUAGGAAGCAAGGUGAUGAUGCUUCCAAAAAGCUCCAGGAUGCCUUGAAGCAGAAGCAAACUCUUGAGUGCCAAUACCUCGAGGCCAAGAAGAAGCUCGCCGACAAUGAGACGCAGCUGGGCGACGAAAGGGGGAAGAUGCAGCGGCAGAUUGACUCCGUGAAGCAGGAGCUGAGUGAGGAGACAGCCAAGCUUGAGAGAUUAUCAACGUUUUCAGCCAGGCUGGUUCCCAUUACGGAAAAUAUCAAGCACAUUAUCAUGGACUCCAUCCGCACCUCUGCCGUCAAACUGGCCGAGACAUACUUUUGUGAUGACCUGCCCCUGAAUGGUGUCAACUGGACCACGAUCAAGAGCCACCCUGCUCUGAGCCGCACUGAUCGGAUCCUCCCUCUCCCCGUCUCCAACUCCGCAACCGCCAAACACAUGCGAAUAGCCACUUUCCUCGCCAUUCUUGGAUAUGAGUUGCGCAAUGCCAUCUUCCAGCCCAUCUAUCUCCUACACAAAUCCUCCGAGCUAAAUAAAUUCCUCGACCAUCUGGCCGAAGAAAACGAAGAGGUCGAGGCUCACCUGCGCUCAGUACUCUUCCGGACACUUGCCGAGUACAGGAACAUCACUGAUUCCAUCAGCACCGAAUGCACCGAUUCCGUGGUAAGAUCCGUCGCAAGUUGCUUCGAAAGCCUUGUGCUGGAGGCCAAACGCCACCCAUUUGUUUCCGAGUUGAAGACAUACUGUGCCAAGGCUUGCAAGGAGUGGGAGUACAUCCAGAGGCUUGAACGACGAGUGGAAUUUGAGACGGACCCAGAGGACGACGAUUUGAACAACAAGAAGCUUUGGCUGCCGCUCAGCGCCAAGUCUUCAUGCUCGCUCGAGACAUCUCCUUCAAAAGCACACGCCAAUUGCAGCACCAAGACUGCUUUGAAGGGGAUCCAUAAGGGAGCAGCAUCGAGCGGGACGUCUUCUCCUCCUCUUCGUUCACCGGUCGAAGCCACAUAUUUUCUGGAUGUUUUUGUGGUCUGGCCAGCUGUAACGACCGAGCAGGUGAGCGACACGGCGAUAUUAUCUUUGGGGUACUUUGUUAGUGCCAGAGAGAUCACCGCCGCGAUGAUGGAGCAGAGGGAGCUGUCUGCUACCAAGGACCAGCAUAGGGCUGCCAGAGGUGGCAGGAGGAAGUCGAGGGCCAUGUCGGUUGCUGGUCAUUCCUUUGGGGAGAAUGGAAAUGCCACGGGUUGGUCUGUGUCUUUUUUAUCCGCACAAGUUGGAAAUGGGCCAAAGGAAAGCUGA